AUGGCCAAAAAUAUUGCAUUCGAUGACCUUCCGUUACGCAAAAAUGGGCCUCGAGGUAAUGCGUGGGGCUUGUUCGGCGAGAAGGAUGAGUGUGGAAUGUUGAAUCUUCUCACUCCAGAGAGAAUCAGUGCUGCUUCAAGAGAAAUUACAGACGGCGUCCGUAUUCCCACCGAUUUGCCGUUGGAUUUCAUGUCCAAGCCGUGCUUCGGACGCGCCGCCUUCCACCAGAACAUCAAAAACAAAGCACCUCGUUCUGUCAACGAUGACACCCUUCAAUUCAAUACCCAGAUAAGUUCUCAAUGGGACGGCUUCAGGCAUUACGGAUACCAGGAGACAAAGCAAUAUUUCAACGGAUAUAUCCUUGAAGAUUUACUGUCUACCAAGGUCAAUGGAAUCCAUGCAUGGGUUGAGAAUGGAGGCAUAGUAGGACGCGGCGUGCUAUUGGACUUUGCUUCAUGGGCAGAGGCCAACAAUGUCUCAGUCAAUCAUUUUUCCACACAUGCUAUUCCAGUCAAUAUUUUGCAAGAAAUCGCAGCACACCAAGGAACCGAGCUAAGAAGAGGGGAUAUCCUCUUUAUACGGUCGGGGUGGAUUAAGGCCUUUUCCCAAUUGUCCGAGGACAAGGCUGUAGCUCUGGCAGAAAUUCCGUCACCUCCAGCUGUCGGUAUAGAGUCAUCUGAGGAAACUUUACGUUGGCUGUGGAAUACAGGAUUUGCAGCCGUUGCAGGCGAUAUGCCGAGCAUGGAAGCAUGGCCAUGUCAAAACACAGAGUUCUGGCUUCAUGAGUGGCUCCUAGCUGGCUGGGGUAUGCCAAUAGGAGAGCUGUUCGACUUAGAACGUUUGAGCGAGGAAUGUAAAAAGCGUAAGAGGUGGUCCUUCUUUUUUAGCAGCAUGCCACUCAGAGUUCCUGGGGGAGUCGCGAGCCCGCCUAAUGGUGUUGCCAUCAUGUAG